AUGAGCGACUCGCUCCAUGGCAACCACAGCGACAUCGAGGCCACUGUGUCGACCAUCGCCGACCUCCAGGCAAUGGUCGAGGGCCUCGUCCAGGGCUCGGUCGAGCCAAGUCCCGAGGCCUCGCGCCGCUUCACAUCGCGGAGCCAACUUUCCGGGUCGCAGCGGUCGAUUUCCUCCAUGGUGUCGGAGCACGAGCAAGGCGCGACCUCGACCGUCAUCGACCUCGAGGGCCUGCGUUUCGGCGACCCGAACGGCGAGCUCGAGGGGCCCCUGGUGCUGUCGGGGCCCGUCAUCCUCCGCAACGGGCAGCUCCACGUCCCGCACGGCGUGUUCGUGGCCGCGUCCGGCGUGAUCCUCGAAGACCUGGAGAUCGAGGCGACGGUCGCGGGCGCCGCGGCGGUGACCGUGCGCGGGCGCGGCGCGGCGACUAUUAUGCGGUGCUCUCUCGUGGCCUCGGGCGGGCCGGGGCUGGCGUGCGUCGGCUCCGGCGCGGACAUCGCCGCGCGCAGCUGCGAGGUGGCGCCGUGCGGCGAGUGCGGCGUCGUCGCCCGCAGCGGCGGGUGCGUGCAUCUGCAGGACUGCAGGGUUCACGGGCCCCGCAGUGGCGCGGCGGUGAGCGCGGAGGGCAGCGGGUCGAUCGCGACGCUCGAGGAUACGGUCGUGGAUCGCUGCACGCACGCGGGGCUGCGCGCGGCGGGCGGGGCGACGGUGGGCGUGGAGGGCGGGCACGUCGCCGGCAGCAUGGCAGCGGGCGCGGUCGCUGACGGAGAGGGCACGCGGCUCUCGCUGCGCUCGGUGCACCUCGCCCGGUGCGCGACGGGCUGCCUGGUGAUGGCCGGCGCGACGGCGGAGCUCGCCGGCUGCGAGGUCUCGGGCUCGCACAGCGCUGCCGUCGUGGUGCGGGGCCGGCACACGACGUGCGUCUCAGGCGCGUGCGCGUUCGCCGGCAGCGGCGCGGCCGCGGUCGUCGUCGUGCAGGAGGGCGCGAGCUUCGACGCGACGGGGCUGCUCGUCAGCCACGCCAGGCACGGCUCCCUGUUGCACGUUGACGACUCCGCGAAAGCCUGCCUGCGCGCCUGCGACCUGUGGGCGAGCUCCGACCACGCCGUCGUGCUGUCGAACUCCGCGACCAUGUAUCUGGACGGCUGCCGCGUGGGAGGGUCGCUGCACGGCAGCGUCAUCCGGGCGGACGGCCCUGGCGCGCGCGCGGAGGUGACGGCCACCGUGCUGGUCGGCUCCGAGGGGAGCGUCGCGCAUGCGACGAAUGGGGCGGUGAUCGACGUCGCGAAGAGCCUCCUCGCGCGCUCGAGCGGCGACGGCGCGCUGGCGGAAGGCAGCGCGGAGGGCAGGCCGUCUUCGGCGCGCCUGCGGUCGUGCUGGGUCAUGCACGUCGCGCACAGCGCCGCCGCCGCCCUUGACGGCGGCCACGUCGAGGUGUCCGGCACGCAGCUGCUUCCGACGUCGCUCCUGCGCCUCCCGACGGCCGACCCGGCGGUCUCUGGCACGGUCGCGCUGCCGUCGUGGUUUGGCGCGCAGGCGACGAGCGGCGCGGCAGCGUCGCUCAGCCGGCCGCCACAGACGCUCACGACGCUAGACAGCGACGGAACGUUCAGGUUCCCGCACGACUUGGACCGCCGGAGCGUCCUGGGCACUCCGGGGAUGGAGGCAGGCGCUGCGCCGCGCAUAGAGGGGCGGCUGCGGCCCAGCAAGGCGUCGCUGCGCGCGGGGGAGAACUGGCACCGCCGCUCCGUGUCGCUGUCCGACGCCUUCGACGACCCGACGCUGCUGACGGCGGGGAACAACGACGAGUGGGAGAAGCUCGCCGCGCAGUCGCCCUUCCACUGGCGGCCCGACGAGGGCGGAAUCCCGGACCUCUUGCUCUUCCGGACGCCGCCGGACGUCGCGGCCGCUGCGCUGGAGCGGGAGCUCGUCGCUGGCGGAAUGGCGGCGCGGUCGGUAGAGCAGAGGCUGGCGGAGAGCGCGGUGAACUCGGCGCACGGCGUGACGUCGGACGGGCUGGGGUCGCGGCUGUUCCUCGCAAAUGUCGAGCUGCACGCCUCCGUCGCGUCCGCGGCGCUCGCGCGCGCGGGGGGGCUGAUUUCGAUCGAGAGCAGCGAGGUACACCCCCCCGGGUCCAAAACAACGCUGCACGCAGCGGCAAGCGCGACGGGGCAGCGCUCGAUGCUGCAGGUGCGCGGGAGCACGUUCCACGGAACGCCGGGCGCCGUGCCGUGCAUCCACGUGCACGACGGCGCCACGGCGGAGCUCGCGGACGUGCGACUUCUGUGCGACGGCAAAGCUAAGGGGUCCUCCGGCGCCCUCGUGUCCGGCCUCGGCGCGUCCCUGCGGCUGUCGGGGGCCGUCAUCGUCGGCUUCGCUCAGGGCAUCGUCGCGCAGGCUGGCGCGCGCGCCACCUGCGCAAGCGUCCGCGUUCAGGGCCCGGGCCUGCAGUGCGGCAUCGUGUCCUCCGGAAACGGCUCGGACGCCGGGUGCCUCGACGCGGCCGUCGACAGCGCGGACGUGGCCGCGUUCCGCGCGGCCGCGGGCGCGACGCUCCGGCUCGAGCGCGCCGCCGCGACGCACAGUGGGUCGGUGGGCUUCGAGGCUGCGGGAUCCGGAACGACCCUCGAGCUGCGGUCCUGCGAGACUGUCGGGUCCGUCCUGGCCGGGAUGCACGUCCACGACGGCGCGGAGGCGAUGGCGGAGGCGUCGCGGUUCGCGGAGUCGGAGCGGGCCAGCGGCGCGGUGGCGGAGGGGCAGGGGACGUCGGUUGCGCUUCUGGCCGGCUGCAAGCUGGCCGGGAACCGCGCGCACGGCCUCGAAGUCGUCUCCGGAGCGCACGCGUCGCUCGCGGCGUGCGAGGUGGCUGCGAGCGGGCUCGACGCCGAGGGCCACUGCCUCCGCUUGGACGGCGACGGCAGCACCGUCUCGGCGAGCGACUCGGUGUUCUGCGGGUCCGCCGCAACUGGGAUCUUCGUCGGCGGCGGGGCGUCGCUCUCGCUCAGCGGCGGCGCCGUGCGGGACUGCGCGGGGCCCUGCGUCCACGGCCGCGCCGAGGACACGGGCGGCGCGGCGGUUGAGCUGUGCAACGUUGCAAUGUCAGCGAACGCAUCCUCGGGGCCGUGCCUGCUCCUCCAGGGCGCCGGAACGAUAGCGCGCGGCGUGCAGCUGCAGCUGCGGGGCGAUCCUCCGCAGCCGGACAGCGCGCACGUGUCGCUGCAGGACUCCCCCGGGGUGUUGACGGUGCUGGAUCUGUGCAUGGUGGACAGCGGGGCGGCGCUGCGGCUGCAGGAGUCGACGUUGUUCUCGGAGACGCGCGACCAGCUGUGGCGCGGCGCGCGCGUGGCGGGCAGGGGCUCCGCCGUCACGUUCGAGCGCUGCGUCAUCCGGGGACUGCUGUCGGGCGCGCUGAUUCAGGAGAAGGCGACGUGCUUGGUUGCGGGCUGUCAGGUCGAAGCCACCGAGCUGUACGAAGGUCCGCAGCCCUCUGCGGUCCUCCACGCCGUCGGCGAGGGGUCCGCGGGGCGGGUCGACGGCUGCACGAUCAACGGGCCGCUGGGGGGGCUCUUCGCUGAGUCAGACUCCCCCGCCGCUGCCGAGACCCCGAGCACGCCGGCUUUCGUCGCCGCGAAGCAGAUUUGGCAGCAGCGCUCCCUGUCGGCCGACGCGGACGCGCAACCCGCCGAGCAGCCCGUGGAGUCCCCCCCCCUGACUGUGCCAGAGUCCACCCCGAUGGUCUCCGUGACCGAGACCGCGAUCAGCGCGGUGGAAGACGACGACGACGACGAGCGCGAGUCCGUGCGGGACGACCGCUUCGGACCCGUCAUCUCCGGCAGCGGCCGCGGCACCGUGCUGCGACUGCGCUCGGUUGCCCUCCGCGCAUCCGUGGACAGCGGGGCCGGCACGGCGGCGGCGGGGCCAGGAAGCGCCGACGCAGCCACGAUGGAGACGCCGCGCAUGCCGGCGCCGCCGAGGGCACGAGACGCCGCGAGCGGAGGCGGGGGCGCCGGGGCGGGCCAUCGCGGGGGUGUGUUGGUGUCCUCCGGGGCGUCGGCGACGGCGUUCGCGUGGCACGCGGAGGGCAUGUCGGGCUACGCGGCGAGGUGCGAGGGCGCCGGGAGCUCCCUGCGGCUGGACUCGUGCGUGCUGCGCGGCACGGGCGGCAACGCAGUGGAGAGCUGCGACGGUGCGGAGGUGGUCGCGGACGGGUGCGACAUCUGCGGGUCGAGGGGAGUGGGGGCGGUCGCGAAGGACGCUGGGGCGAUAUCGAUGACGCGGACGCAGGUGGCGGGGAACCGCGGCGGAGGCGUGGUCGGGCGGCACUGGUCGACGGUGCGUGCCAGCCAGUGCACGUUCUCGGGCGGGUCCUCUGCGGGGCCGCUGGCGUGUGCUCGGGGCAUCAAGGCGGAGGUAGACGUGAAGACGUCGACGUUCGUGCGCUCGAUGGGGAACGAGCCGCUGCAGCGGCACGGUGCGCCGUGUGUGGCGGCAACGCAGACCGGCGUGGUGUCCGUGACCGACUGCCGGGCUGCUUCCAAGGACGGAACGGGCAGCGUCGUGUCGGUGCGGGACGACGGAUCGCUGGUGUCUUGGAACGGCGGGUCCUGGACGGGUUUCCGCGGAAGCGGCGUCGCGAACGUGCUUGAUCACGGAAGGUUGACACUGCGCACGGUGACGGUGUCGCUGCGCGAGAUCCCGGUGGCGACCGAAGCGCGCGUGGCGCCGGGACGACUGCGCGGGAUGCUUGCGGCCAUGAACGGCUACAAGCACGCCGCGGCUGCUCCGAGCGCGACUCCGGCCGCUGACGACUCCAGGGGAGCUGGCAGUCCCGCGGCCGUUGGGGACGAGCAGGCGUCCGGCACGGAGCGCUCGCAGUUCCAAGUGGGUCCUGUCUACCGCGUUCGUGGCCACGGCAGCACCCUCGCGCUGGAGGACUGCCGAGUCGAGGGGUACGGCACUGCGCUGUCGCUUGCCGCGGGGACGUGCAGUGCGAACGUGCAGCGGUGUCAGAUCGACGGCCGAUCAGGGCACGCCGACAACGUCCUCGUCAUCGCGCAGGGCGUGGACUGCAAGGCCACGCUUGCGCACAGCAAGCUCACCGGCAGCGACGGCAGCCCCGUUGUCGUCGCGACGGACGGCAGCUGCGUCGAGGCGCACAACUGCAUCAUCGAGGCAGCAGGCUCCGCGCCGGCGGUGUUCACGGACGGCCUGGGGAGCAAGAUCUUCCUCGGCGACAGCAUCGGCCACCAGCGCGAGGACGACGGCGUUUCCCCGAUCGUCGUCGCAGGUGCAGGCGGCGUCGCGAUGCUGCAGCGUACCGCGAUCAACGCACGCCCCGGAGCGACCGUUUCCACCUGCGUCGCGAGCGGGGUGGCCGCGCAGGUUGUUGCGGAGGACUGCGUGCUGGGCACUCCUGCGGGCGACGAACAGGACGUGAUCGCGGCCAUGGACUCCCCCGCUGCCUCCCCGACGAAGAACGGGCCCAAGUCCAGGGCGCGGUCCUACGUUGGGGUGACGUUCUCCCCCGACGGCGAGCCCAACCUGCCCGGGAGCAGCGCCACCCCGGCAGGGGAGUCCGGCGCCGGCGAUGCUUGCGUCACAGCGACGGGCGGCGGGCGUGGCGUGCUUGCGCGGUGCCGCGUCGUGGCAGCUGCUCGCGGCGUCGGCGCCCUGCUUGCCGAGGGCGAUGAGAGCACGAUCUGUGCUGACGACUGUCAUCUGGUCGGGAACCGCGUGCCCGCGCUCGUGGCGAGGGAUGGCGCGCACGUGGCCAUCGACGGAGGCUCCGCUGCGUCCAUCAAGGCUCCCGUUGUGCGGACCGUCGGCGCGGGGGCUAGGGUCAUUGCGUCGUGUUCUACUUUGACGGCGUCUGGGGCGCCGGUGGUGGAUGCUGACGUGGCAGGGAGCGUCGAGACCCCGAACAGCAAGCUAUCGACGGACGGGUUCGUGGGAGGGCCGGACGCGCAGCUGGUCGUCGUUGGGAAGCAUCACGCGCCAAUUGCGCACGUGCAACAGGACGGCGGGCCGCUUGGCGCCACGCCGCCGUUGCAGCGCGUCCACACCCUUCAGGCGACUGGGUCGCUCAACUCCUCGCCGUCGAGGGCUCUGCACGAGGCGCACGACCACAGCUUCUCUGCCCAGCUGUCUGGCGUCGGGUCGCCCGUCGCAGCAACCGUGCCCGCCGCGGGGCAAGAGGGCAGCGUGUCGGCGAGGGGCUCUUCGGCGCGCAAGGCCGCGCCCCCGCUGGACUCCUCCGUCGACUUGUCGCCGCACCGGCCACUCGACGAGCCGCCGCAGGACAUUUUCGGCGUCGGCAGCCCCGACCAGGCCGCGCCGUUGCGGGUCCUCAGCAAGCGCUCCAGCGGCGUGGAUCCGUUCGCGUCCAGGCAGUCAACGGACGCAGACAACGCGAUGCUCGACUCCGCGGGCAUUCACACCAUGGUGUCGCUCUCAGGGACAGACGCGCACGUGCACCUGCAGGGCGCCUCGCACCAGAACGCCCCCGCUGCCGGCUCCGGCCACCUCGCCGACAGCGUGCACAGAGAUGGAGAAGACGUCCCCGCGGAGGCGCGGGGGCCGCAGGAGGCCAUGCAUGAUGACGAUGACUACUUCGAGGGGGAUGGCGCGGCCGGGUGGCGGCGGGACGUGCACGGUGGUGUACGACGACCGCCUGGGGAGCACGUCGCGGUCCCGGAGCCGGUCCUGCGUCUGGAGGACUACCCGGGCGACCCUGCCGUGGGUGGAUCCCGGUCGCAGCAGUCGCUGACGCCGAGCGGGCGGGUCGCGAGGCAUUUCGGUGGGGAUGGGAGCCGUGGCACGGUCGAUAGCACCCCGCUGUCGCUCGCGAAGCCGAAUACGAGCGUCGCGGAGACGAGCGGGGCGCUGACGGGCGCCACGCCCCGCGACUACGAGCACGACGUCGGCGCGAGCCGCAGCAUGCUCCGGCGCGCGCGCAACCGCGCGUCAGGCGGCAGCCACGGCACGGGCGGGCGGGCCUCGGACUACCGCCCGGAGAGCGUCCAGUACCGCUCCGCGAACGAGGCAAGCGUCGCACAGAGCCUGGAGAGGGUGCGGCGGUCGCUCGCGGGGACCGGGAGCGACGACGAGGCCUCGUCGGUGUCGCGCAGGACGGGCGAGCUCAAGGCGGACGUGGCGGCGGAGCUCGCUGCGUCCGGCGCGAACCUGGACAUGGCGCGCGUCAAGGUGGGCGCGGCGCGGCCCUCGUCGCCGCAGCGGUCGCCGCGGGGCGAGAUCGCGACCAUGGCGUCGCUCCCCGCGAUGCGCACGCCCCCCGCGCGCGCCCGGGGCAUCGGGCGGUUCCACAGCAUGGAGGCGACGAUGCUGCCGUCGGCGGGGAGCGGGGAGGGCGUUCCGCCGCGGUCCGAGAGGCGCGUGGAGCUGCGGCUGUCGCCCGCGGACAUCGCGAGCGCGUGGGAGACGUACGAGGACUACCAGAGCAGCGAGGGCCCCGGCGGCGUGUCGCUGCGCACUGCGCGGUCGCUCGUGCAGAGGCGCGGCGUCCGUCUGGACUCCUUCGCGGCGCUCUGGCAGCUCGCGACGUCGGACGCGGUCGUUGAGUUGGAUGCGGAGGCCGGAGCGGCGGGGCGGGGCGCGCGGGUGCAGCAGGGCAACCUGGGCCCCGCGGGGCUGUGCGUGCUCAUGUCUGCAGUGCGCAAGGUGGCGCAGGGGGAGCCGACGCCGACGGCCGUGGCCUCGGGGUCCCUCAAGAUGCUCGGGGGGUCGUAG